AUCGACCUUUUCAUUUCUCGUCUGCGUCUUCACACAGUUCAACAUGGCACUAACACUGCGUCUGGUGACUCGCUGUAUUCGCCCGAAUUUCUAUCUUCAGAGAUUACCCCAAGUUACCCCAGCCUGGCAAAAUGUGGCUAGGCACCUGACCACGACGCAAAGCGUUUUAGGAGAUCGUAGAUUUACUGAAAAGCAUGAAUGGGUGGAUGUCACAGGGAACAUUGGGACCAUUGGCAUUACAAACUAUGCUCAGGAAUCCCUUGGAGACAUCGUGUAUGCUCAGCUACCUGAAGUUGGUGGAGAAUUUGAACAGAUGGAUGAAUGUGGUGCUCUGGAGAGUGUUAAAGCUGCCAGUGAAUUAUACAGUCCUGUAUCUGGUAAAGUAACAGAAAUAAAUACUGCAGUGGAAGAGCAGCCAGCUUUAAUCAAUCAGAGUUGUUAUGAUGAAGGCUGGUUGUUUAAAAUGGAACUGACUGCCCCUGCUGAGCUAGAUGAACUCAUGGAUGAAGAGGCAUAUGACAAAUUCUUGAAGGACAAUGAAGCUUGAAAGUCAACAUAAUUUUAAACUUUAUUACUUCAAGUUAACUUUGGUUGACAUGUUGGGUAUUUGGAUUUAAUUUUUCAUUUUUUUUUUUUUUAGAUAAACUUAACCAUUUAUCAGAUAUCUUUGUCUUUAUAGAUAAUCAUUCCCCAUAGUUUCAUGUUUUGGUAAUUUUUUUCACGUUUCUUAUUCUACACUGUGAAAGAAAGGCUUUCCUUACCUCCUAUAAAGUUAAAUCAUAUAGUAUUUUACGACACGUUUAGCACAAAAAAAUGAAUGAAAACUACCUAGAUCUAGUUUUCAUUUUUUUGAAGGAUUUUGUCAAUUUUGCAAUUAACUACCCAUCCAGUAUUGGUGCUCAAUUUUUGAUGUUAUUUUUCCAAAAUGAUGACAAGUCUAUUUUGUGUAUAUAUUGAAUUAUCUCAAGGUUGUUCGACCAAAAUUAAUUUUUCAAGUUUAAUCAGCCCAAUUGUUGUUAUAAUCAUUAUUCCUUGUGGAAUAUUAAACACUUUCUUAGGUCUAGGCCAUGGAGCAUCUGAAAUAGUCAGGAUUUGUAAAGGGGAAGAUCACAAAAUAUAUGUGUUCACUUACCUGUGAUGUGAUGUAUAAAGAGGCAUAUUAAAAUGCAGUUUACAUUUGUUACAAGCAAUUUUUUUUUUGCAACCAUAGGAUAGAUCUUAAGAGAAAGCUAUCAUUGAAAUAAACUUUUCUUAGAAGCCAGUCCUAUCCAUUAUCACUAUUUUCGAUUUUCUUUGCUAUUGUAGGAGACAGAAAUGGUUAAUAUCGCAUUAUAGAUUUAGGAAUCGCCUCAUGUUAAAGUAUUUCGUUAACAUGAUUUUUCAAGUUGGAAGAUUCUAUACCAUCAUGAGACAAACUACCUUGAAACUUUCCAAAAAUUCUAUGCCAUCAUGAGACAAACUACCUUGAAACUUUCCAAAAAUUCUAUGCAAUCAUGAGACAAAUUACCUUGAAACUUCCCAAAAAUUUCUUGAAAGAUUAAUUAAAUUUAUUAAAUGCAUUAAGCACAUUGACUUAAGAGGCAAUUUUUAGAUUGGUGAGGGAUUCCGGUAAAUUUCACGUGAAUGUAGGAAAUGUGAGGAUGAGACCUUUUGUGUACAAAAGGAUGCCAAAUGCAGAAAUUUUUCUAUCCAAGUUAACCGUUCAUUUCUCGUACUCUUAGUUAUAUACAACUUAUUAAAAUGUUAGACAAAGUAUGUGGUUUCAGCAUGAGCUUAAGAUUGAUGUACCUUAUAUGCCAGCGUAUAAGGCGACCUUUUAACCUUAAAAAAAAAUACACUGAGUACAAAAAGCAAACCUUAAAUCCUGCCAAGAUUUUUAAAGAUAGGCUAACCCCUAAAGUGUCGAUAGUUGUGUCAAUGGUCAACAACAGCUGUGUCAAUAGUUAACUACCAUCACAACUAUCGACACUGUAAAAAAAACUUCUGUAAUGAUAAAAUCUUAGGUAAUUCAGGUGAAUCACAAUAAAUUAAAAAAAAAACAGGAAUUUCUGGAUAUUUCUCUGAAAAAUACCAUGAAUAGGCAAAUAUCCCACGAAGAAGGGGUAAAUAUGGUCCAGAGAGAAAUCCGCGAAAAUGGGAAUGUGUAGUAGACCCCCCAGCGAAUGUUUAGAAUCCGUGAAUAGUUGAAAAAUGGGGGGUCAUCUUAUAUGCCAGCAUGUACAGUAUAUUGAAAUUCAUGGUAUGUUUUUUUAGAUUUUCUUCUGUGUGCUUGUUAUAAUUAAUUUUGUCUUGUAGCAAAUAUAUCUGUACAGCUCGCAUGUUUUUUCCUUCAGUAAUUGUCCUUUUCAUGAGCUUCUGGCUAUUCUCUUCAUCUGAGCCAUCUUGUUUAUGUAAGCUCAUAUGUGCUUUUUUUCAUUCUGCUUCUACAUACUAUUUUGCAAAAACUUAUAAAAUAGUUUUCAGUUUGUAACUUAUUUAGAGUAGUACAACCUGAUUAUUGUAAGUGUAAAGCAAAUUAGUACUUGUAAAUUA